CCAAUCCCCUCAGGCUCGGCUGCGCCGGGGGCCGCGGGCCGGUUCCUGAGCUGGCCCAGGCGCCCUCCCGCCGCCGGCGCCGCCCCGGCCGUCGCUGCCCGCCGCCCCCCGCCGCCCCCCGCCUCCGCCUCCCCCCGCCCUCCGCCUCCCUUCCCCCUCCCCGCCCAGCAGCGGUCGCUCGGGCCCCGGCUCUCGGUUAUAAGAUGGCGGCGCUGAGCGGCGACGGCGGCGCGGAGCAGGGCCAGGCUCUGUUCAACGGGGACAUGGAGCCCGAGGCCGGCGCCGGCGCCGCGGCCUCUUCGGCUGCGGACCCUGCCAUCCCCGAGGAGGUGUGGAAUAUCAAACAAAUGAUUAAGUUGACACAGGAACAUAUAGAGGCGCUAUUGGACAAAUUUGGUGGGGAGCAUAAUCCACCAUCAAUAUAUCUGGAGGCCUAUGAAGAAUACACCAGCAAGCUAGAUGCCCUCCAACAAAGAGAACAACAGUUAUUGGAAUCCCUGGGGAAUGGAACUGAUUUUUCUGUUUCUAGCUCUGCAUCAACGGACACCGUUACAUCUUCUUCCUCUUCUAGCCUUUCAGUGCUACCUUCAUCUCUUUCAGUUUUUCAAAAUCCCACAGAUGUGUCACGGAGCAACCCUAAGUCACCACAAAAACCUAUUGUUAGAGUCUUCCUGCCCAACAAACAGAGGACAGUGAUACCUGCAAGGUGUGGAGUCACAGUCCGCGACAGUCUAAAGAAAGCGCUGACAAUGAGAGGUCUGAUCCCCGAGUGCUGUGCUGUGUACAGAAUUCAGGAUGGAGAGAAGAAGCCAAUUGGCUGGGACACUGAUAUUUCCUGGCUUACUGGAGAGGAAUUGCAUGUAGAAGUAUUGGAGAAUGUUCCACUUACAACACACAACUUUGUACGGAAAACUUUUUUCACCUUAGCAUUUUGUGACUUUUGUCGAAAGCUGCUUUUCCAGGGUUUCCGCUGUCAAACAUGUGGUUAUAAAUUUCACCAGCGUUGUAGUACAGAGGUUCCACUGAUGUGUGUUAAUUAUGACCAACUUGAUUUGCUGUUUGUCUCCAAGUUUUUUGAACACCACCCAAUACCACAGGAGGAGGCCUCCUUGGCAGAGACUACCCUUACACCUGGAUCAUCCCCUUCUGCACCUCCCUCUGAUUCUAUUGGGCCCCAAAUCCUCACCAGUCCGUCUCCUUCAAAAUCCAUUCCAAUUCCACAGCCUUUCCGACCAGCAGAUGAAGAUCAUCGAAAUCAGUUUGGACAACGAGACCGAUCCUCAUCAGCUCCAAAUGUGCAUAUAAACACAAUAGAACCUGUCAAUAUUGAUGACUUGAUUAGAGACCAAGGGUUUCGUAGUGAUGGAGGAUCGACUACAGGUUUAUCUGCCACCCCCCCUGCCUCAUUACCUGGCUCUCUCACUAAUGUGAAAGCAUUACAGAAAUCUCCAGGACCUCAGCGGGAAAGAAAAUCAUCUUCAUCCUCAGAAGACAGGAAUCGAAUGAAAACACUUGGUAGACGGGAUUCAAGUGACGAUUGGGAGAUUCCUGAUGGGCAGAUCACAGUGGGGCAAAGAAUUGGAUCCGGGUCAUUUGGGACAGUCUACAAGGGAAAGUGGCAUGGUGAUGUGGCAGUAAAAAUGUUGAAUGUGACAGCACCCACACCUCAGCAGUUGCAGGCCUUCAAAAAUGAAGUAGGAGUACUCAGGAAAACUCGACAUGUGAAUAUUCUACUCUUCAUGGGCUAUUCAACAAAGCCACAACUGGCUAUUGUUACCCAGUGGUGUGAGGGCUCCAGCCUAUAUCACCAUCUCCACAUCAUUGAGACCAAAUUUGAGAUGAUCAAACUUAUAGAUAUUGCACGACAGACUGCACAGGGCAUGGAUUACUUACACGCCAAGUCAAUCAUCCACAGAGACCUCAAGAGUAAUAAUAUUUUUCUUCAUGAAGACCUCACAGUAAAAAUAGGUGACUUUGGUCUAGCCACAGUGAAAUCUCGAUGGAGUGGGUCCCAUCAGUUUGAGCAGUUGUCUGGAUCCAUUUUGUGGAUGGCACCAGAAGUAAUCAGAAUGCAAGAUAAAAACCCUUAUAGCUUUCAGUCAGACGUAUAUGCAUUUGGGAUUGUUCUGUAUGAACUGAUGACUGGACAGUUACCUUAUUCAAACAUCAACAACAGGGACCAGAUAAUUUUUAUGGUGGGACGAGGAUAUCUAUCUCCAGAUCUCAGUAAGGUACGAAGUAACUGUCCAAAAGCCAUGAAGAGAUUAAUGGCAGAGUGCCUAAAAAAGAAAAGAGACGAGCGACCGCUCUUUCCCCAAAUUCUCGCCUCUAUUGAGCUGCUGGCCCGCUCAUUGCCAAAAAUUCACCGCAGUGCAUCAGAACCCUCCUUGAAUCGGGCUGGCUUCCAAACAGAGGAUUUUAGUCUCUAUGCUUGUGCUUCUCCAAAAACACCCAUCCAGGCAGGGGGAUAUGGGGCUUGUUAAUUGUCAAGACCAUGGACUUCGGAGUCAGCACCUGGCUUUGCAUUCCAACUCUGCCAUUUUCUACCUGUGAGAUCUUGGGUAAAUUACUUAACCACUAUUAUCCCCAGCUUGUUCCUUUGUAA